ACUUCCUUUCGAUUUCACCUUUUAUUUUGGGAAUAAUUACCCACAACUCCCUACUUCAGCGUCAACACUUCCUUUUCCGACGAAACUUCAGCAUGGCGGUCCAAGUGUCUAAAAAGCGCAAGUUUGUCCAAGAUGGCUUGUUUAAGGCUGAGUUGAACGAGUUCCUUACUAGGGAACUGGCCGAGGAUGGAUACAGUGGUGUAGAGGUUCGUGUAACACCCACACGCACAGAGAUCAUUAUCCUAGCCACAAGGACACAAAAUGUUCUGGGAGAAAAAGGCAGGAGGAUCAGAGAGCUGACAUCCGUCGUUCAAAAACGCUACAACUUCCCAGAAGGCACCGUUGAGUUGUAUGCUGAAAAAGUUGCAACACGCGGUCUGUGUGCUAUUGCUCAGUGUGAGUCACUGCGAUACAAGCUGAUUGGUGGUCUUGCAGUGAGAAGGGCCUGCUAUGGAGUGCUUCGUUUCAUUAUGGAGAGCGGUGCCAAAGGCUGUGAAGUAGUUGUGUCUGGCAAACUUCGUGGUCAGCGUGCCAAGUCAAUGAAGUUUACUGAUGGUCUUAUGAUCCACAGUGGUGAGCCCCUCAAUGACUACGUUGACACAGCUGUCCGACAUGUGCUUCUCAGACAGGGUGUGCUGGGCAUUAAGGUAAAAAUCAUGUUGCCUUGGGACCCAACUGGCAAGAUUGGUCCACGACGACCUCUGCCAGACCAUGUGUCAAUUGUGGAACCCAAAGAUGAGGUGCCACCAGCACAUCCCUACAGUGAGCAGAAAGGUGUGAAGCCAGCAGAUGCUUCUGGUCCAGUCGCUGCAACCCCUGCAUAUGAUCCGUCUUCUGCUUAGACAUCACAAGGAACAGAUUUCCUGCUAAUACAAGAAAUAAAGACUUUUGUGUCAGGAAGGAGU